GGCUCGGAAGCUAUCGCUUUAGCAUGGUUUGGUCGUGGGCUAGUUUUCUCGGAAGACGAUACUUGGGCCUUGUUGGCAGCCUUCGACAUCGCCGAUCCCAUAUCAGGUAAUACGAAUUUCACUGCUAUUGCCGAGAUAGUUUCUAAAGCUAUCCAAGAAGCGUGGAAGAAUGAUGAGAUUCACGGAACACAGCCUGGUGUGCUAUCGACAAGAUCGAGCGACAAUGUUAAAAUACCAGCGGUAAUAUUAGUACAUCCCAGAAAUACACCGGAAUAUAUAAACCACGCCACAGUCCAGCCAGUUGAGGAGAGCCUCAAUCGUAGCCGUGAUAUUCGCGAUAACCCACCUCACUCUCGGCCACUACUGAAAGAGGACGGUACUGCGGAUAUACCUCCGUCUGGCAAGUAUUUCGAAUCUAUCGCAUUGGAUGGUCCUUCAUUCGAAUUAGAUGGCUAUUCAGUCACUUGGGAUGUCGGAAUCGUAUGGCGAUUCACGAUUGGAUUUGAUCGUGAUGCUGGGAUCACGCUAUACAAUUUGCGUUUACAGAUGCCACCUACGGCCGAAACUCCCGAGGGAGAGAUGAUACCUUAUCUUUGGCGCCUCAGUGUGCCCAACUUUGGUACCACUUACGCAAAUAGUGGAGCCGGAAAUUUGUACUCGUCAUCGUAUUUGAUAUCACACUACACUGCUAUAAGAGACCUUGCACCCGAAGCGAACUGCAAAGGCUCAUAUAUCACUCUUCCACUGUACUUAGCUUCAAGAACCUCGAAGGCCGAUCUGUCACGGUUUUUAUACACCACUUACGGUACGGAUGGUUAUACUGAUCCAUUCGCAGAAGCACUGACAGGCGAUGAGCUCCCUUUCAACGCUUUCCCUAUGGAGCAAAAGAACUUUGGUGUUCUAAAUCAUGGGAUUUGUAUUCAAGAGCACGACGAGGAGAAUUCCUUGUGGCACCUGUACUCAGCGCAACGGCUACAAAGUCUUUCGGUGUUUAGUGCUACCAUUUCAGAGUCGUAUAACGUGGUCAAUACAUUCAAGCUUUUCUCUGAUGCCAAGAUAAAAGUGAUUGAGAAGCUGCAUGGGAAACCAUCGAUACAGAAUCAUGGUAUCCCUAAUGUAGGCGGCGCAUACGCCAGCGGUGGACGAGGCGGGUUUGCAGCAAACCAUCUCCAUUGGCACGUAGUGGCAAUGGAGCCUCAUAUUAAGAAAAACAUCGAAGGAGUCAGCAAUAAUUUCAAAGUCGCAGACAUGAUUCUUGGUGGCAUGGAUGAGGACUCAUUGAACUGGUACAGAACUGCACAGCACAAACGCGUAACUCCAAUUACAAACACAUCCAACACCGCGCUCAACCGCUUUGACUUCAAUACGCAACGUGCUUGGAUCAUGGGCGCCCAGAACAGUGACGGUGAGGACUUGGGAGGGUUACGAAUUAUGAGUCGAGCAUGGGGUCCACCGCUUACCAAGGAUGACCUAGAGGACGUUGGACGGUACUCAGAGCUCACAGAUUUGUACAAAAAUGACACCAUUCUGAAUCAUUGGUGGCUGCGAGACGACAUACACGUAGGCAACAGCGACUGGACAUGUGCGGCACAGGUUCUACUUUCAGAGUCGAAUGACACUUCAUGCCAGAUACGGACUGUCAGGUAUGGGUCUAAUCACCGCUGUAUGCCGGAGGAGCAGGUGGGAGACAGUCCUGUUGUCUACGCUGUGAUGAAGAAAUACCAUCCAAGUAAUCACGGAGGAGAUGUCCGUACAAGCAGGGUUUACCAUGGUCGAAUCGGAGAUGUGGCCACAUAA